AUGAUCACUAACCUUACAGCAGGAGAACACGGUUUUCAUGUGCACACAAUUGGAAAUCUAUCUAUGAAUUGUUCGGCUGCUGGGGGUCACUUCAACCCUACCAAUAUGGAUCAUGGAGCUCCUAAUGCUACAGUACGACAUGUUGGCGAUCUCGGAAAUAUUGUGGCCAUGAAUAAUUCGAUAGCGGUGGUCAACAUCACAGAUAUGCAAAUCUCAUUGAGAGGAAAUAACAGUAUCGUUGGAAGAGCAAUUGUCGUUCAUGCUAACCGUGAUGAUUUGGGCCUUGGAAAUAAUACGGAGAGUCGUAUUACAGGCAAUGCUGGGCCUCGCUAUGGUUGUGGAAUCAUUACUCUCACUGAUGAUUUUGAACGACCUCUAAGCUCCAACACAAAGACCGUGAGGAAUUACACUAUAUUUACCCAGGCACGAACGAUGCUGAAAGAAAUUCUGUUAAUCUAUGCCUUGAUCUACUUCUCCUCUGGAUGUGGUCCGGGCGCUGGACGGGAUCGAACCUUUCGUGCCACAGCUCGAGCAAUAAUGUUCCGAGCAGCCAAUGGUUCCGCUAAUCCUACUGUACGGAUCGGACGAGUCCUCUUUACGCAGAUAGGCAAUCAAGUCACCUUAACUGGCCGAGUUCGUGGUCUUACGCAAGGACUACAUGGAUUCCAUUUAACUGGCCAAGUUCGUGGUCUUACGCAAGGACUACAUGGAUUCCAUGUUCACCGAAGAGGAGAUCUGACUAAUAAUUGUCUGGGUUCUGGCCCUCAUUUUAAUCCUAAUAUGCAAAAUCAUGGAGGUCCUGCUUCGGCCAUGCGACAUGUUGGCGAUCUUGGAAACAUUAUUGCUGGGCCAAAUGGAGUAGCAAGGAUCAACAUUCAAGAUUCACAAAUCACAUUGAGAACAGGAGCACGUAACAGUAUCGUUGGAAGGGCUCUAGUUGUCCACGUAUUGCCGGACGAUUUGGGCCUUGGUGGGGAUAAUGGGAGCCUUACCACAGGCAAUGCUGGACCUCGCUUUGGUUGUGGAAUCAUCACUCUUACUUAG